GUUGUUUAGCCCAGUAGCAGUUUUGUUUACUGAUAUAACAGCGGAAACAGGAAGUGGGAUUUGGCGGCAGAAUAUAAGCCUGGUUGCUAGGCGACAACCCUGUUCCGGAAAGUGCCCUACUGCGCAUUUCAGAGAAACCGAAAGCAAAAGUGCAGGCGGCUCUUCCUCUCAGCGAGAGCUCAGAGAGAUCAGUGUGAGCUGAGUGUGAGUUGAGUGUGAGUUCAGCACGAUGGCAGAGGCCAGUAUUUCUUUAGAUGAGGAGAACUUCAACUGUUGCCUCUGUAUGCACCUGCUGAAGGACCCCGUGACCCUUCCGUGCGGACACAGCUACUGCAUGGCGUGUAUUAAUGAAUUCUGGGACAAACAAGAAACCUUCGACUGCCCCCUGUGCAGAGCGAGCUUCGAGCCCAGGCCUGACCUGCGCAGGAACAACAUACUGACUGAGGUGGUCCAGAAACUGCAGCAGACACACCUGCAGGGCUCUCUCUACCAGUGCUGGGACCUCUCUUCCUCUGAAGGUCAGGAUGUGGAGUGUGAUUCCUGUGUUGGGGAGAAGAAGAAGGCUGUGAAGUCCUGUCUGACCUGCCUGGCUUCAUUCUGUGAUGACCACCUCCAGGCUCACCGCGAGUCUGCCGCCUUCAAGAAACACACACUCGUGGCAGCAUUCAGGAACCUGCAGGAGACCACCUGCACCAAACACAACAAACUUCUGGAGGUCUUCUGCCGCAAUGACCAGAGACUCAUCUGCUCUCAGUGUCUGUUGGACAAACACAAAGGACACAACACCGUCUCUGUCCAGGAAGAGUGGGAAGAAAAGAAGAAGUGCCUUGCAGAUCUACAGAGAAAAUACCAGAACAGACAGGAAACGAGAGAGAAAAUUCUGCUGCAGUUGAAGGAGCUUAUGGAGUCUUUCAAGCACUCUACACAGGCAGCAGUGGAGGAGAGUGAGAAGAUCUUUGGUGAGCUCAUCCAGUCCAUUGAGAAAAGGAGAUCUGAGGUGACAGAGAUGAUCAGAGCUCGAGAAAAGGCUGAACUGUAUCAAGCCAGAGGUCUCCUGGAACAACUGGAGAAGGAGAUUGUAGAAAUAAACAAAAAACACACUGAUCUAGACAAGCUUUCCCACACAAAAGAUUAUGUCGAGUUGCUUCAGAAAUCUCAGGUUGUGUAUACCGAUACUGAAACCAAUGAUGCUAUAAAGAUAGCUCUCAAUAAAGAGCCACCAUUUGAGAAAUUCAUGACAUCUGUAUUGGAGCUGAAAAAGCAAAUGGAAAGCUUCUGUGAGGAUGGACUGAAGACCAUUUUUAAAAGUGUGAACUACAAGUUCAUUACAGAUGCUGAGCCAGAAACCAGGGAGGACUUUCUCAAAUAUGCCCGUGUUCUAUCUCUGGAUCCCAACACUGUGAAUAAUAACCUCCUGCUUGAAGAGUGCAACACAAAGGUGAUCAGUGACGGUAUGAGCCAUUCAUACCCUGAUGAUCCUGAGAGAUUUACCUACUGGCAGCAGGUGCUCUGUAAGCAGAAUGUGUCUCAGCGCAGUUACUGGGAGGUUGAAGUGUGUGGUGAAAAUGGGGUUUCUCUUGCAGUGUCUUAUAAAGCAAUUCAAAGAACUGGAUGUGAAAAGGAUAGCAGGUUUGGGCAUAAUGGUGAGUCCUGGAGAUUAGUUUGCUAUCCUUCUAAAUACCGGUUCUGGGAGAAUGAUAAUCAGAUUGAGAUUUCUGGACCGGCAUCCAAAAGAAUUGGUAUCUAUCUUGAUGAAAAGGCAGGGACUCUUUCGUUUUACAGUGUUACUAAUAAAAUGAUCCUCAUUCAUAAAGUCAAAACCAGAUUCUCUCAGCCCCUGUAUCCUGGGUUUGGGAUAGGUUCUGACUCUUAUGCAAAGCUUUGCAUUUACGCCUCAAGUAAUGAUACUGGUGAGAUCUCCAAGAAGAAAUGAGACACUGUCUUGGUUGUAAUGAGUAAAGAUGAUUUUAAGAAAUACCUCCAGUAAUAUCCAGUAAUGAUGAAUAGUUGUUUACACAUAACUCAGAGUUUCUGCCCACCUCAGCAACAAAGAAAAAUGUCAAAAGAUUAUGUAUGUAGCCUAAUGCAGAAUUUUACAUAGAAGCAUAAGCCAGUGUUUGAUAUUUGUCGUGUUAAUUUUAUUUCCUAUUUACCAUUUACUUACAGAGGUAGUGAAAAGGAGUAGAGGUUAAAAUGUCUACAGUGUUAAUAUAAGCGUUAUAUUAAAAACAUUAGAACAAAUGUGUUUGGACUAGGGGUGUGCCGUAUCGUAUGCGAUAAUAUACUGUUUUUAGCAAAAGAAAAAUUCACACUGUUCUAAUUUCCCAUUGUAUAUCUACUAAAGACAGAUUAUAUCUGUCCAGUAUCAUUUAUUUUACUUUAAUCCUGGAUAUAUGGAGAUAUUUGGAGUGCAUUAUUAUUAUUAUUAGUAUCAUGACAAUCUGGACAUUGACUUCUGUUACAAAUCUGAUAAAAUUCUUUUAUUUUUUAAUAUAUCAGUUAGGGGUGUAUCAUAUCGUAUGCAGUAAAAAGUAUUUUCAUUUUGUUGCAGUAGUGUAUUUUUUAAAUAUUUUUUUGUAAUUCAGUGUUUUUCGCCAAGACUAUCGUUAUGGCGAAAACACCAUGAAAUAUCGUGAUAUUAUUUUAGGGCCAUAUCGCCCACCCCUAGUUUGGACGCUAGUUUUCCAACCACUAUGAAUGUAUUUAAAAGUACAUUUUAUGUCAAAACGUAAGUUUUUUUUCUGUUAAAUGUGAAGUUGUCGCUUGCUGAUAAAAAACAAAACAUGAAGGAAUUUAUUAAUUAUUUAUUAGGAUAAAUCACUAAGUUGAUUCAGUCGCUUACUUUAAAAUGACAGCAUGAACAUGUUCAUCCAUAGAUAAUAUAGCCCUCUUCAGUUCAAUGUAAACAUCUUCUGUUUAAUUUCCUCAGUAUUCUGUUAUGUUAUUUUGAAUAUCUUGCAGAGUUCUCUGAUAUUUAGUGACAAAAAAAAACUCCUACCCAGUUUUAAAAUAUAACAAAGUAAUGUAUGAAGCACGCCUUAUUUGUGUAAUUGCCUUUAAAUUUCUGACCAAAUAAAGCUUUAUUAAACUGCAUAAUGUCUUCUUGUUAGUUUCUUAAGAACAAU